AUGAAGUACAGUGGUGGUUCAGCACUUGCUGUAGAAGGAAAGUAUCCAGCUGUCACCUCGGCUCUCGUCGUAGCUGUUGUCAUCUCCAGCGCUGGAGUGGCACUCGCACAUGAAGGUCAUGCUCACGCCCCUGCACCAGGUCCUGCACCGGCAUCAGGAGCAGAUGGGCUCCUCCCCGGAUCCAUUGUCGCCAGCUUCUUCGUGGCCGUCACCGGGUUUUUGGCAGCUCGAUUCAUGUAA